AUGGCGCUCCAGCUUGCUGACCGAUCGGUGAAAUAUCUCGCUGGGAUAUUAGAAGACGUACCACUUAAGGUGGGAAACUUCUACGUACCAGUCGAUUUCGUGGUGUUGGACAUGGACGAGGACUCGAGAGUACCGACCAUCCUUGGUCGUCCAUUCCUUAACACCGCAGAUGCAAUCAUCCAUGUAAGAGCUGGAAGGCUAACGAUGAAUAUUGGUGAUGAGACAGUGGAGUUCACGCUUGAUCAGAACCUCAAGCAACCAUCUGUCAUGGAGUCUUCGUACUUCAUUGACAUGAUCGAAGUUUUGACGGAGGAGGUAUUUGGUCAAUUGCAAGAUCGCGAUCGCCUGAAGACGAUGCUCCUAAACCCUGAGAAAACUGACAAAGAGCACAUAUGGACCUUUAGCUAA